UCUCAUUAAAGCCUCUCAACUUCCUAUCGAGCAGAUGCAGCUUCAUGUGCUGUUUUCGUUCCUACAGUCAGUCUCUCAGCAGCAGCUCAGUACUUUUACAGCUCGAUCCCGGCUCUCUGAUCCUGCACUGGAGCCCCCUGAUCAACUCUUCCACCUCGUAUCCACAGUACAGAGCAGGACAGCAGGACCAUGAAAGAGGACGGCAGCCGGGACAAUGUCUAAAGAAGCUCCUUUCUUUCUUCUUCACCUUCUCUCCAGUGUACUGCUGCACUCACAAACUGGAGUUCAAGGUCGGGUCGUAGAGGGGUUGGAGGUUCAUCAGCCAGCCCGGCUCUCUGCUGCACUCGGAGAGACAGUCACCCUACACUGCAACGUCACCUGCAUGCUUCAAGAUAGAGAUCGGUUCUAUGGGAAAUUCUACAGAGUGGAAGGAGGGAAUAAAAUAUACAUUGACAAUAAAACUGUAUCACAAACCACAUGUACCGUGUCAUCCACCAUUGCAAAUAUCACAUUGGAGAGUGAAGCUGUUUACUACUGUGAAGUGAAGAUAGUAAGUGAUACUAAUCCAACAGAGGGGACUGGUUCAGGAACCACUGUUACUGUUUAUGCUGAACCUUCCUCAGUGGAGAUCCCAGAGCCACCGAUCCUUGUUGUGGAUACAGAAGCCCUCCUGAGCUGUGCAGUGAAUGGAUUCUAUCCUCAGAACAUCUCUGUAACCUGGUUCCAUAGGGAUCUCCAGGUGCCUUUAACCAGCAACACCAACCGCCUCACUACAAACAGGAAUGGUACAUUCUCUCUGAUCAGACAGUACAGAUUCACCCCUGCAGUGCAAGACAAUGGUACAGUCUGCCGAUGUCAGGCCUCCCACCCAGCCUGGAGACGUCAUGUGACACUGGAGAGAGUCCUGGAUGUCAAGUAUGGACCCCAGUCCUUGAACCUCACAUCCCAGAACAGACCGGUCCUGGGGGAGGGAUCAAACAAAACCCUGGAGCUCCCAGAGGGGUCCCCUUUACACGUGUCCUGCUGGUCGGACGGGAACCCUCGACCCUGGACAGGGUGGUUCAAGGACAGGGGGGAUGGGCUGACCCUCGCGGAGCCACCUGUUGGGUGCAGCAACGAGACCCUCCAUGUUGGACCGGUGCAGCGAGAGGAUGAGGGGGUGUACUGGUGUGUGGCAAGGAACAGCUAUGGGGAGAGGAACACCAGCUUCACUCUGCUGGUGGUGGUUCAUGAUUACGUUUCUCUUGUUUCAUCCGUGACGGUUGCCGCCUGUGUCCUGCUCUUGGGGGUCGUAUUGAUCUGUUUAUAUGCAAGACGUAAACCGAGAGCAGGACGGGGCUCUCAGAGCCAGGAAACGGCUCAUGUGAUGCACCCACCAGUGGAAGCGGUAUAUGCAUUGCCCCAAAGGAGAAUAUCCAAAAAGCAGCAACCAAUCACAGAGACACUAUGUACCGCUGAAGAGCCACAGCUGACGUACGCUGACAUCAGGUUUAAGCCUCUGCCCAGGCACAAGAAAAAGCGGGCUUCUGAAAACACAGAGAUCCUGUACAGCGAGACAGCGGGAGUGUGCCGUCCCUGUGAAGAGAGUAGGUUGGAGGAGCCUGUGUGCACUGUGUACGCCCUGGCACAGCUUCCAUAGCAGAGGGAGACUAAAGUGAUCCCAGGCACAACAACUCAGAGCAAGAACUGCAGUUAAUCAGGCCAUUUACACCAUGCACAUUUGAAUCCCCUCCUUGGAUUGCAUGAAGAGUGUUUCCUUGAACAGAAGACCCACCUGUCUGGCUUACCAUGUGUUGUAUGUACAUUUGCCAAUGUUAAAUAACCUGUAAAUAACAUCCUUUAUAACACAUUUGUAGAUGCAUAAUUGAUUUUGCCAGAGACCUAACAUUAAAGUGUUACCAAAAGA